AAUUGGCAGGGAUACAUGCACAAAAUCACUUUAAAUGGAAAGAGGAGGCAGUAGCAGUCUUUGGCCACAAGGUGGGUUACUUGUAUAUUAUAUGGAGCCCGUCGUUGAACAUCUACUGUAAUAUCCUGUUUUGAUCAAUCGUAGUCAUUCAUAUCAUAAUGAUAAAUCAAUGCAUACAUGUAUAAUGUAUAUUCACCACUUCAACAGUUUCACCUCACCUCCAUUCUUAAAAUGUCUUCAGUCUAGUCUUCCUAUGCUAUUACAAAGUAUUUCCAUCACUUCGUUUUGGCAAAAAAUCUGUCCCCUGUUCCUUUAAGACGGUCUCCAAAGUUUCGCGUAUGACGUCGACUUUGGCAUAUCCAUAACGCGAGGCGAUCCAGUGGCGGAGAUAGGAAUCUGAACGGCGGGAGAGACAGGUGAAUUUAAAACUGGACGAAAGCGCUUCAGUGUCAGAGAAUCAUUGAAGAUGAACACAGAGGAAAAACAAGAGCUCACGUCAUCACAAGAUGAAACGAUGGACGUUAGCAGCGCUGUGACAGAUGAGAGGCCACAGGCAGAGGAGGAGGAGAGAGAAAAAGAGGCAGAGGAGAGACAGGGAGAGGAAGAGGAGGCCCCAGAGAAGACCACAGAGAGUGGAAUGGAGUGCUCAGAACCCACAGGAAACGAGGGAAUGACAGAUGGGGUUCCCGUGAAAACUGAGAGGGAAGAGUAUGACGACAAUGACGAUCAGUACCCCAAGAGUGAAGAAGAAGGUGAACGAGACAAUUACCUUUAUGAAGAAGAGGAAGAAGAGGAGAAGGAAAGGGAGGAGGAAGACGAAGGAGAAGAAGAGGGGGAAGGGGAGGAAGAGGGAGAAACCCUUAACGAACCACAGGACCUGUCUCUGGCAGAUUAUGCACAGUAUGAGAGCACAGGCCCGCAGGACGCCCACGCCGACUCCUCGAUGUACGCAGCAGAACCCCGCAGCCAGGCAGCAGGCAAGCUCAACUGUGACAUCUGUGGCCUGUCCUGCGUCAGCAUCAAUGUGCUGCUCGUGCACAAGCGAAGCCACACCGGUGAACGUCCGUUCCACUGCAGCCAGUGUGGUGCCUCCUUCACCCAGAAGGGAAACCUGCUUCGCCACAUCAAACUGCACUCCGGGGAGAAGCCCUUCAAGUGCCCUAUGUGCAGCUAUGCCUGCCGCAGACGAGACGCCCUCAGCGGACACCUGCGCACUCACUCAAUAGAGAAGCCCUACAAGUGCAACCACUGCGGUCGCAGUUACAAGCAGCGCAGCUCCCUUGAAGAGCACAGAGAGAGGUGCCAUGUGUACAUCCAGAACAAAGGCAACGCUGAGAGAGCCGGUGAGGACACCCAAGUGUCCAGGACUACUCACAUGGGCACGGAGCGCGCUCUGCUACUGGACAGGUUGGCGAGCAACGUGGCCAAACGUAAGAGCUCUAUGCCACAGAAGUUCACUGGGGACAACGGCGUGUGUCUGGACCUGAGCUUCAACAGGGAGCUGAUCCACCGUUCUGACGUCAUGGACCCUCCCCUCACCUCCCCAGGAUCCGAGAACCACCACAACCACCUGCCCCUCUACACAGGCCAGGACCCUGACUCUGCCUCCCCCCACAGGGCCUACCCCAUCCCCCUGAGCCGCGCUGACAUGAGCCCCCUGGCCCUCACCAAUGGUCACAAGCUGGAGCAGCAGCAGAGCACUGGUCUCGCCUACCUGCCCCGGCCCAGCCAGGGUCACCCUAGCAUGGACUCACUCCACGCCGAUCGGGCCCAGCUCUCCCAGCCUCUCAUCUACAGCCUGGGGCACCUGUUGGGGCCCAGUCCCCACAACAGCCUCCCACACCCCCAUACCCAGGCCCACUCGCUCCCCAUGCCCCCCCUAGAGGCUCUGAGGGUGGUAAGGAGUGAGGGGGAGGUAGGGGUUGGGGUAGGUACAGGAGCGGGGGCGGUGUACCCCUGCGGUCACUGCAGGGUGUGGUUUCUGGACUACGUCAUGUUCACCAUCCACAUGGGCUGCCACGGCUUCCGUGACCCACUGGAGUGCAAUGUAUGUGGCCACCGCAGCCGGGACCGCUACGAGUUCUCCUCACACAUUGCGCGUGGCGAGCACCGCCUGGAGUUGAAGUAGUAUAGACACAUUUGCACAUGAACACACACACACACACAUACAUGUAGUCAGACUCCUAAACGGAAUAAUGCAUACACAUUUAUACACUUACACACAUGAAUUGUGUACAUACAUUACAUACACACAAAAAUAAUCUCAGGGACUUUCCUUUUUGUUUUUAAUUAGCACCAGUAUUACCACACACACACACACACACACACACACACACACACACACACACACACACACACACACACAAAGAAAUGUAGCAUUUCAGUAAAGUAGCAUUUAAAAUGUUUUAUAGAGGUUAAUCAUGCUUUGACUCAAGUGUCAACAUUUAUUUAUGACAAAUAACAAAGUGGCAAAAGUAUAAGAAAUCAAUAGUUAUUUUUCCAUCUAAAAUGAUGUUUUAUGUUUUAUGUGGGACUACAUUUUAUUCUACUUCACUAAGCCAUGGAAUAACUUUUCUAAAAAAUGUAUGUAUUUUUCAUUUUAUUUUUGAUGACUAUUCAACAAAAGUGUCAAUAGUGUCAAUCGAAGUGGUAAUAGGCAGUCAAUAUUUGGCAUUACCUUUGCCGUGCCUGCUGCUUUUAGGAUGUGAUAUACUACACUAUGUCCAAAUGUCCUCUGUAUGUACAGCAGUAUUAGUAGGACAUAGUACUGAGUACAUUUUACGUUCACUGUAAGUUGACUGACAAACUCUGCUGUACAUUUUGUUUUCCUGUAAACUGUACUGAGGUUCAAAAAUAAAACAAGAUAAUUAAAGCUCA